AGGGCCUCUGGACAUCAAAGGUUCCUUUUGUCCCCUUGCAAGUGGCAGGGCAGCCCGGCUGCUGGCGAUGACUCAGGCUGGGCCCUGACGUCACCCAGGCCGGGCCACUGGCCUCCCUCGGCAGCCAGGAAACCGGCUGGGGAGUGGCACUCACAGCUGCAGCAAAGCUCAAAAUAAGGAGGCCGCUGCCUUUCUCCUCUCCAUCUGCACACAGCACACCUUUCUUUUCUUUUCUUCUUUUUUUAAAACCUCAUGGAAGGUUUUACUUGUAGAUCAACUUUUCCAAAUGUAGGAAGUCAGAAUGAGUGACAUCAUCAGAAAAAUAUGUGGAGCUGAUCUCGACAAGGAGUGAAGAUCCCACAGCAGGAACGCGGUUGGAACUCCUGAGCCCAGGCAGUGGGCAGCGUCUGGGCUGCAGAGGAGCCAGCGCCUCUGAAUCAGGUUGUCUCAAAGCGAGGCCCCAACAUACUUCUGUUCUUCUGGCUGCAUGAUCUGAGUGCUGUGAUCAUUAAUUUGUUGAACCAAGACUCUGAGGCUGAUAUGCAAUGUCACUUACAACAUUAAUCAGAUACUGCAUUUAAGUGCUGGUAUCAGUGGUUUGAUUUUCAGCAAAUGUGACAGUGGCCUUUGCAGUGGUCAGCUCCGAGCUUUGAACUCUCAGAGGAGCAAGGGGAAAAAAAUUCAACACAUCACCUCCUUGGUGGCAGCCUCAGAGAAACCUGGGAUGAGAAACUUCUCUUUUCGGUCCUGUUUUCCUGUUGAUAAAUUCAGUUCUCGUGAUCACAGCACAUUCAAGCUGUUCUGCGUAUGAUUUUUUGGUGUGUGUGGCAGUUGCAUUUAAAACUUGUGAGCAAGAAGACGGAGAAAUCAGUUGGUCUCCAUCGCCUUCCAUAAAAAUGGCUGAGUGUCUUGUCAUACUAGGACUGCAUUAAGUGACACACACAGAUCUUGAUGUGGAGGAGAUGGAGGACUCAGUACCAAGGAUUUCCAAGUGAUUUCUUCCAAAGCACGGAAAGCUAACUCUGUUAAGGCUGGUUCGUUCUAACUGAGGCUGUGAGGCCUGAACGGGUCCACUGGAUGUGGUGUGCCCCGCAGUGCCGGGUACACAGACGUGCCCUUUACAUGCUGGAGUACAGGUCUUGGCCGUCACGCCUGCAUGAUCUUCCUCCUGCCGAAGAAUAAGUUGACAUGGGGACCUGGACUCAUUUGCGGAGGGAUGUGGACGUCAUUUAAAGUAACUUUUGGAAGCACUGCCCAGAGGGGCUCCAACAUGAGCUGGAGACAGUGACCCGUUUCUUCACACUGUCGUCAGAAGCCACGGGCCAGCUUGUGGGCACUGCACAUCUCGGGAGUUUUCAGCAGGAUGCAGACUAGUGAAGCACACAGCAGAAUGCAGAUGACAGUCAUGUCCCUUUCCAGGGACCUCAAGGAUGACUUUCACAGUGACACGGUGCUCUCCAUCUUAAAUGAGCAGCGUAUCCGGGGCAUUUUAUGUGAUGUCACCAUCAUUGUGGAAGAUACCAAGUUCAAAGCCCACAGCAAUGUCCUGGCCGCUUCAAGCCUUUAUUUCAAAAACAUCUUUUGGAGCCACACAAUCUGCAUUUCCAGCCAUGUCCUGGAGCUGGAUGAUCUCAAAGCUGAAGUGUUCACAGAAAUACUUAAUUAUAUCUACAGCUCCACAGUCGUCGUCAAGAGACAGGAAACGGUCACCGAUCUUGCGGCUGCGGGGAAAAAACUGGGAAUAUCGUUCCUGGAAGAUCUGACUGACCGCAACUUCUCGAAUUCCCCAGGUCCCUAUGUGUUCUGCAUUACUGAAAAGGGAGUGGUCAAAGAAGAGAAAAAUGAGAAAAGGCACGAAGAGCCAGCCCUCGCUAACGGGCCAAGGAUCACGAAUGCGUUUUCCAUCAUCGAGACAGAAAAUAGUAAUAACAUGUUUUCUCCGCUGGACUUGAGGGCCAGUUUUAAAAAAGUCUCCGACUCCAUGCGGACGGCCAGCCUUGGCCUGGAGAGGACCGACGUCUGCCAGGAGGCAGAGCCGGUCCGCACGCUGGCCGAGCACUCGUACGCCGUCUCGUCCAUCACCGAGGCCUACCGGAGCCAGCCUGCGCGCGAGCAGGAGAGCAGCUCACCUGCCCAAGCAGGUAAGGACAAUUGUGAGGCUCCUGCCGCAAAGCCGAAAACCUGCCGGAAGCCAAAGACCUCCAUACCCCAGGAUUCUGACUCAACCUCAGAAAAUAUACCACCCCCGCCUGUGACCGCCCCAGAGGCUACCCAGGAAAGAAGUCCCCAGCCCGCCGCGGUCCUCCCCCAUUCCAAAUCUCCCAGCAACGAAGGCGACGUCCAUUUUUCCAGGGAAGAUGAAAAUCAGUCUUCGGCUGUUCCUGGGCCACCAGCAGCAGCAGAGGUCCCUCCGCUGGUCUACAAUUGCAGCUGUUGUUCCAAAUCCUUCGACAGCAGCGCUCUGCUCAGUGCCCACAUGCAGCUGCACAAGCCAACCCAGGAGCCUUUAGUGUGCAAGUAUUGCAACAAACAGUUCACCACCCUGAACAGACUGGAUCGGCACGAACAGAUCUGUAUGAGGUCAAGCCACAUGCCUGUCCCUGGAGAAAACCAGCGCUUCUUAGAAAAUUAUCCCACCAUUGGACAGAAUGGAGGUUCCUUCACUGGUCCAGAACCAUUACUAUCUGAAAACAGGGUUGGUGAAUUUUCCAGUCCUGGCAGUACCUUGCCAGACACGGACCACAUGGUUAAAUUUGUUAAUGGGCAAAUGCUCUACAGUUGUGUCGUGUGCAAACGUAGUUAUGUGACUUUAUCCAGCCUCCGAAGACACGCAAACGUCCACUCGUGGAGAAGAACAUACCCUUGCCAUUACUGCAACAAAGUCUUUGCAUUGGCAGAGUACAGGACAAGACACGAAAUCUGGCACACCGGGGAAAGGCGGUAUCAGUGCAUUUUCUGUCUUGAAACUUUUAUGACUUACUAUAUCCUUAAAAACCAUCAGAAGUCUUUCCAUGCCAUAGAUCAUAGACUUUCCAUCAACAAAAAAACAGCCAAUGGGGGCUUGAAGCCUACUGUCUAUCCGUAUAAGCUUUAUAGGCUCCUGCCUAUGAAGUGCAAGAGAGCUCCUUAUAAGAGCUACCGAAAUUCUUCCUAUGAAAAUGCGCGAGAAAACGGUCAGAUGAAUGAGUCCGCGCCUGGCGCCUAUGUUGUUCAGAAUCCACGCAGCUCUGAGUUGUCUACACUGAAUUUCCAAGAGAACGUGAACGCCUUGACCAACAGUCCCGCCGUCCCUUUGGAAACAUCCGCGUGUCGGGACACGCCCACUUCUGCCAACGCACAAAACGCGCAGGGCACCAAAUGGGGAGAGGAGACGUUGAAAAUCGAUCUUGACAAUAACUUCUAUUCAACUGAGGUAUCAGUCUCGUCCACUGAGAAUGCGGUCAGUUCUGACCCCCAGGGAGGGGAACUACCUGUUUCAUCUUUGAGCAAUGGCGGUGAGAACCCAGCCUCUGUGAUCAGCUACAGUGGCCCGGCACCCUCGGUCAUCGUGCAUAGUAGCCAGUUUUCAUCAGUGAUAAUGCACAGUAAUGCCGUCGCUGCCAUGACCAGCAGCAACCACAGAGCCCCUGGAGAGCCAGCUGCCAACCAGCCCCUGAAAGAUGACAGCAAGCCUGAGAUGGAUAAAGUGGGCAGAUCUGCAAGCAGACCCAAAAGCAUUAAGGAGAAAAAGAAAACUAUUCCGCAUAACAGGGGAGAGAUAGCGGAGGAAUCAAAAUAUGCAGCCGAUCCUGGAGGGUCCUUGAGCAAAACCACAAACCUUGAAGAAACCAGUAAAAUUGAAACCUACAUUGCAAAACCUGCUCUGCCGGGAACCUCCACAAAUAGCAACGUGGCCCCACUUUGCCAAAUAACAGUGAAAAUUGGGAAUGAAGCCAUUGUGAAAAGGCAUAUCCUAGGAUCUAAAUUAUUUUACAAAAGAGGGAGAAGACCUAAGUAUGAAAUGCAGGAGGAGGCGUUGCCGCAAGAGAGUGACCUGGAGACCCACAGAGAGAGCCCCCUGGGGCUUUGCCAGUCCGAGUGUGUGGAGAUGAAUGAGGUGUUCGAUGACGCAAGCGACCAGGAUUCCACUGACAAGCCGUGGCGCCCUUACUACAACUACAAGCCCAAAAAGAAAUCCAGACAGUUGAGAAAAAUGAGGAAGGUCAACUGGAAGAAAGAGCGGGGCAGCAGGAGCCCGAGCAAUAGGUGUAAAUUCCCAGCAGAACUGGACUGUGCUGUGGGGAAGUCGCCUCCAGACAAGGCCUUUGAGGAAGAAGACAACAAAGAGAUGCCCAAGCUGCAGUGUGAACUCUGCGAUGGAGACAAAGCCUCCGGGGCCGGAAGCCACGGAAGGCCCCACCGGCAUCUCACCUCCAAGCCUUAUGUCUGCGAGCUGUGUGCCAAGCAGUUCCAGAGCCCUUCCACGCUCAAAAUGCACAUGAGAUGCCACACUGGGGAGAAGCCGUACCAGUGCAAGACCUGUGGACGCUGCUUUUCAGUGCAAGGGAACUUACAGAAACACGAACGCAUCCACCUGGGCGUGAAGGAGUUCAUCUGUCAGUAUUGCAACAAGGCGUUCACCUUGAAUGAGACCCUCAAAAUCCACGAGAGAAUCCACACCGGCGAAAAGCGUUACCGCUGUCAGUUCUGCUUCCAGAGUUUUUUGUAUCUCUCCACAAAAAGGAAUCAUGAGCAGAGGCAUAUCCGAGAGCAUGAUGGGAAAGGCUUUGCUUGCUUCCAGUGCCCCAAAAUUUGCAAGACAGCUGCUGCUCUCGGGAUGCACCAAAAGAAACACUUAUUCAAAAACCCAAGUCAGCAGGAGAAAACGGGGGACGUGAGCCAGGAAAACUCAAAUCCCUCGGAGAAUCGACAUCUCAUGGAUUCAGAAGACUGUGAUCAAAAGGAUCACGCACAAACCAUUGUUGAAAAUGUCCUCUGAGUGGCAGUAGUUAGAAAAAUCUUCGGAAAGAUAAGUUGGUGGGGAUUUUUUUUUUUUUUAAGUUUAGUUUUUUUGUUUUGUUUUUUUGUUUAGAAUUUUGUUUUUGUU